AGGGACUCUAUGUGGAUUGGCCUUGGUCUUUGCUCUCUUACCAUCUCUUACCGUGGUUACAGGCUAGUUACAGGUUGUUGAAGUGUAGUGUUGAAGUCGUUGAUGUGAAAACAUUAUUGAAUAAAUCGACUAUCAUUUUAUGGCGAAGAGCGAUCUAAGUAUACCUUCACGGUCAUGACAUGGUUCUUGAAGCUCAAGUGAAGUUCAACCGUUGAACUUUGAAGGUAAAAGUGCCGGUAGGUGCUGUCGUCGUCAUUCCCAGCGAGUAUUGAAUUGGGAGAGGAUGAGAGGAAGUAUUUUCUUGCUGAAUUGGAAAUCCUUAACUCUGUCGUGAAUCAGUGCGCAGUGAGUGAGGAAGGUUGGGCACCGCUUCCUUGUGCUGUCACUGCCGUCUUUUCUUCAAUCGGCUCUCAUGCCCAAGCAGGUGAAGGUGAUAAACCUUAAGAUCAGUAUUUACAUCAGAAGCGCGAUCACAUUUUGUCAGCUUGUAGAUAACAAUCCCCAGCAUCAUGAAAAUUUAUUCAGAGUCUAGAUCAAUAAAAUCGCUCCUCACAGGAAACUACGCAGAUCACCACGUAGACUUUAACAGCGUCAAAGAUGAUGGUAGCUCUAAAUGCAGGUUUUCACGAUGUAUCUAUCACCUGUUCCUUUUUGCUCUGCUCAUCCUUAUUGUGGAUUUCGCACUUCUGAUUAUCUAUGAUUUGAUAUUGAUAGAUCUUAUCACCAGUUCAGAGGUAUCUGAAAUUCCUCUUAUUAUGCAAGAUGGAAUUGUUGACCUUUCCAAGUAUGAUAUGACAUCAACUAAUUGGGCGCUUGCUGAUGAAUGUGCCAUUGUUCCAAAUGAAGACAGAUUUGACUGUUUCCCACGCGGACCUUCCAACGAAUCGGUUUGUACUCAACGAGGCUGUUGCUGGAAACCCACUGAGAGCCGCACUGAAAUGGAUGGAUUUAAGAAACUGGAUGUCCCUUGGUGUUACUACCCAGUUGCUUUUAAGUCGUAUGAGCAGGUGAAUAAAACAGUAGCCAAUCAUGUCACCACUGUCUUUCUGAGAAAUGUUAUUAAGUCACCCUAUCCUGAUGAUGUGCCUCUUCUCAGAAUGGUCAUCAAAGCGGAAUCCAACUUCAGGGUUCAUGUUAAG